UCCAGGAAGCUGGAGCCUUGACAUGAAACGUUGCAGUGUUCCUCCUCGGUAGUCGGUCCAUGGACAGUUUUGGGACGUCGGGGAUUUUGUGCCGCUGGCAGAGCCUCUGUCGGGACCCCUUCUCUGUCCGGCUCUAGUGUUCUCAGCCGUAAAGUUAAUGACGGUUGCUGACGGUGACACCUUAGCGCUCAUCAUGCCUGUCCGAGCAGAGUGCCUCAGUACCACCGGCUCGGCCUGCACAUCCUUGGCCUCGCUUGUUCCCCCUGCCCCGAUCAACACCUUCCAGCCGGGGGUGGCCACGUCGCUGCUGUACAGCGGCUCACAGUUUCGGGGUUAUCAGAAGAGCAAAGGCAACUCCUACGACGUUGAGGUUGUUUUACAGCACGUGACUGUGGAGGACUCGUAUUUGUGUGGAUACCUGAAGAUCAAAGGCCUGACUGAGGAGUAUCCGACUCUCACAACAUUCUUUGCUGGUGAAAUUAUCAGUCGAAAAAGACCUUUUUUAACCAGGAAGUGGGACGCAGAUGAGGACGUGGACAGAAAGCACUGGGGCAAGUUCCAGCCUUUUUACAAAUAUGCCAAAAGCUUCAACUCGGAUGACUUUGACUAUGAAGUGCUGGACAGCAGUGAUUAUGUCUUCAUGAGGUGGAAGGAGCAGUUUUUAGUCCCCGACCACACGAUCAAAGACAUUAGCGGCGCCUCCUUCGCUGGCUUCUAUUACAUCUGUUUCCAGAAGUCCACGGCCACUAUCGAGGGUUAUUAUUACCACAGGAGCUCAGAAUGGUAUCAGUCUUUAAACCUAAACCAUGUCCGAGAGCACAGUAUGCCUAUUUAUGAGUUUCGGUGACGGAAUGUACACACGAGUACCGAGUCAAGGAGAGGACAGUUCCUACUGCGCUGUGGUUCAACGUGGACGGGAACACCGGAGAGUCCUUUAGUGCCGAGAUGGGAGCUGACCCGUUUCCCUUCCUGCAGGGACGUAAACCGUGGUCAGACUCUCCUGUGGCGGACCGACAGAAAGAAGGCACAGAGAAGGACGAGUUUAAAGGAAAGUAAAGAUCAGUGGAGGACGGACGGCUCUUGCAGUCACUGUGGAGCUCACGUUUACUUCAGAUUUCAUAUUUUUAAUUGUAUUUUGGUCUGUUUUCAUUUCGUGCCACCUGAUUUCUUUGCGCUUGCAAAGGAUCCGUCUUCCUGUUUGUUGGACAUCGAAAUAUGUUCCUGUUUUCCUUCAGCGGAGAAACGUAACUGCCUUUUCAGCUAAGAGUUGCAAAAGAAAAGAGUAUAAAGGGUGUAUGUUUGUGAGAAGAGCAAAGCUUAAUUUAAAUCAUUUAACAUCACUUUGACACCCCCGUAGUGUUUAAUGCAGAGUACGAUGGUUGUGGGGUUAUUGCCAAAAAGGUUGCAGAACAGAAAGUAGCAAUGAUGAGCAGUGGUCUACUUAUUAUGCAAGGUCUUUAAGACCGCAAGUUGUGAUCUGGCGCUCAGGGAUGGUAUUUUUGGGGCAAUACGUAUUGAGACCGAAAGCUGAAUGUUGAGAGUUGGCCGAGUUAGGAUGACAGCGACGAUGACCUCCAACGGGUCGUUAAUAAUCAAUAACCAAUCAUUUCCAUGCUGCUGCUUUUACAAACGCAACGAGAAGUCUUCAAAUAUCAAAAUGUCUCUAUGCAAGCCAAAGGUCACAAGUAGAUAGGCUUUAAGAGCGCAUAACGUGUUUUAUUUACAGAUGAUUUAUCUUCCUUUUAUUUGUUUUUAUCAUAAACGUCUUUGUAAAACUGCAGAGGAAAAAUACGACUGACUGGGAAAAAUAAAUGGAUUUAAUAACAAUUACCAGCAUGUGAAGCUCAGGCAUGUGACAGUGCAUUCCAACUCAGUUUAAAAAUGUAAAAGUUAAUUUUAUUCGGUGUCGACAAACCCCUAUUGUGUGGAGUUCGACUGACGACAUCUUCAACACAGUCUGUGGAUAAAAUCUUAGUUUUCUUUGGUUUCAGUCACAUUCGUCCUUUCAAUAUAAUUUCAUCUUCAGAAGCAGUGACACGUGUCUGAAUGAGGAAGGCACAACAGUUGAACGUAACAAAAAAAGAAAAGCUUCACACAACAUGCUUGUCUGCAACGUGUUACUGUUCUGUCCUCAGUGGAAAAUGUGUGAAAAAAAAGCACCUUUUGUGACUCAUGGAGAAAAGUCUAAAGUAGGAAGAAUAUAACCUCCUUUGAUGCUUAAGGAGAAACCUGCUGCCUUAACAUUUUAAAUGUCUGUAAAUCUCCUUUUUAAAAAAAAAAAAAA